CUGGAAAAAAGAACUCUUUGCCAAACAAAUCACGCGUCAUGGAGGGUAUUUUAGUCCAAGGAUUUGAGGUGAGAUGGAACGGUGUUGGGGAAGACAGGUGUCGUGCUUGUACAAAAUAUGGAGGGAGAUGUGGAUACAAAGGAGUAGAAAAUUCAUUUAUGUGUCUCUCGAAGAGAUCUUCCGCCUCAAAAGGAACAUGGAAUUUGAAAAAGAAAAUCAUCAUUGGUGUUAUUUCAACUAUGUUGGCAACACUCACUGUCAUCACAUCCAUAUACUUUUAUAAGCGCUAUAAUAUACACUCUCGCAACCUCUCCUAACAACCUUUUAGACUUGAUAGUCAACGCAUUCGUAAAAGUCAAAACUUCGGAGUCGAACACUUCAUCUAUAAAGAUCUUUACAAGGCGACAAACCACUUUGACAAAAAACUAGGAAAUGGAGGCAAUGCAAAGUAUUUUAUGGAAAACUACCAGAUGGGCGUGAAGUGGCAGUGAAAAGGCUUUUUAAAUACGGCGUCAAUAAUGAACAACAAUUUCUUAACGAAAUAAAUAUACUAGCAAGAACUUUUCAUCGUAAUCUCAUCUUAUUAUAUGGUUGAACAUCACUCAAAAGUCGUCGUGCUUUGGUUGUCUACGAGUAUGUUCCUAAUGGAUCUUUGAGUGAUCAUCUUCAUGGUGACAAAGAUACACCUAAUAAACUUCCUUGGAACAUUAGGAUGAGGAUUUCCGUGGAGACAGUAGAUGCAUUGAACCAUCUUCAUGCUUCUCAUAUCAUUCAUAGGGAUAUUAAAACAAGUAAUAUUCUCUUAGAUGCCGAAUACCAUGUUAAAGUAGCUGAUUUUGGACGUUCGCGCCUCUUUCCUAAAGAUCAAAGUCAUGGUUUAACAAUUCCACAACGGACAUCAGGCUAUGUAGACCCCGAGGACAAUCAGACUAAUGCACUUACUUACAAAAGUGAUGUGUUCAGUUUUGGAGUGGUGUUGAUUGAACUCAUAACAUCUUUGCGUGCUUAUGAUCGCAACAAAAAGGAUGAUGGUGUCAAUCUAUAUGACAUGGCUAUUAAAAAAAUUCAAGAUCACACUUUGCAUGAUAUUGUGGAUCAUACCCUCGGUUUUGAUACAGAUUCCAUGGUAAAGCAAAUGAUUAAUGGGGUUGCCGAGUUAGCACUUUCUUGUCUCCAAAGUUCCGGUGAUAUGAGACCGACAAUGGAAUCUGUGCUCCAAUGUUUACAAAGUCUUAAGGAUGUGAAAGAAAUCCAACCUCAAGUAGCCGGCAGUUCUAGCCCAAAUGAUGAAAUAGUGUUGCUGAAUAAUGAUCUAGCUUGACUCUCACCUAGUUAAAACAAUACAAAAUUCUAGUUCAGUUAGUAUUUAACUACAAUAUGUUGUUAAGUAGUUUGCUUAUUUCAAUUAUUUUGGCUAACUUUAUGUAAAUAUA